GAGUGGUGGUAUUCUCAACAGAAUAAUAACAAAGACAACUACACGAGGAAUUGUGGUAUGUUUUUUUGGAUAAGAAGAGCUCGAUAAGGGGUAGAAAUUUGACUUAUCGAGUGGUUAAGUCAGGACAAGCCAGUUCGUCAGGUCACGGGACGAUUGUGCGGUCGUGCCAAGUAAAAGAAUUGUAAACCUGACCUGUUGCUGACUGAUUGAUUGAGCCGGUCGAGUGUCGAGAAGACUGACAGUCCUUGCCUGGUUUUAGAUAAGUGGAAGGUCGAUAAGGAUAAGACUUGACAAGCGGAUAACUCGGAGGUACCGACUUUUUGUGAUCUGACCAAAGAAAAAAUGGUUUCUGGAAACUAUGCCAUUGACGGAAUGCCACUUCCGGUCCGUGUCUUCCACCGUGAAGUCGGUCGGGCGAGAAAGCAGGUCCCCGCGAUGAGGGGAGGAGGUCCAGUCGUGUCAUUUUUCGACGUCAUGCAGAAUUCAAUGUCCUCACUUUCCUACACGUCCGACCAGACUCAACUCGUCCAACCAGAUUCGACUCCCACUGGCCAAAUCCCGAUUUACUGUCUCGCCAAGUAUGGCCCCACCUCGACCUGCCUGCUCAUCGGGGAUGAAGCUGGUGACCUUCAUCUCAUCAAAAAUUGGUUCAAUCUAACGCCACCGAGUAUAAAUUAUGUCGACUACACGCCAACGUCGCUGCAUAUCGCGCAGAACUCUGGCGUCACGACGAUACGAUGCGUAAGGGACAAGAUCUUGGUAGGAACGGGGUCCGGCCACAUGGGCGUUUUGGCCAUUUCCAAUGAUUCAGAGUUCGUCGUCCUUAACAAAUUUCAAGCUCAUUUCAAAGCCGUCAAAAAAGUGGAUUCGUUUUAUGGAGACGUUAUCGUCUCGUGCAGCAAGGAUAACAAAAUUUGCGUUUACGACAUUCGCAUGAAGACUGGAAAUCCGGUCAACAUUGUUCAUGAGGUGCACUCAGUUCCAACUCAAUCAUCCACCGAGGGAACAAGUCCGUCUUCUGCGGGUGCUCGUGGGAGGGGACGGCCUUCGAACAGGGCGAUCAAACAGAAGGAAACCACGUCCAGCUCAGUCUCAGAUUUCGUCUUUUUGGACGAACACAGAAUUAUUUCCGCCGGAACGUCGGACGGUCGCUUGAAAGAGUGGGAUCUCCGCCUGAGUUACAAACAGUUCAAGAAAUGUCACCCCGUCCAAAUCAUUGAGUAUCCUAGUCUCUCCAAUGUCCGUGGGUAUAGCUGCCUUCAUCUCGCCGGCUCCAAACUCUACGCAUCCUCCGCCCACUUUGACAUCUUCAAGUUUGACAUCCCCAGAAUGGAGUGUGACAUGACGUUUACUUCGCCCACAAAAAUCUCAAACUAUACCAAGAUCGAUGUCAGUCAUGACGGAAACUUUUUAGCCUGCGGAUCAGACGAACCUCUCGUUCACCUUUUUUCCACCCGUCCUCAAAAACAAGAAGGGGAAAUUUUGCCAUUUAAAUCGCUAAAUCACGCUGCCAUCUUCUCCGGCACGCUUUCCGGCGUAUGCUGUCCGCUCUUUAGUCCAUUUGAUGAUUACUCGUUGACCACUGGUGGUGACGCCUGCAUCGUGACGAAAUGGACCCCCACAAUCUAUGUCCAAUCAUCCCGCGAGCUUGAGAAGGAGGCCCGCAAGCAAGAAUUAGAACAAGAAAGUGACCAACGUCGAGCCCCCAUCAAGACAGAAUUCCUUCCCAUAACUCGACCUCUUGUUCCCAUCGCCAAAAAUAUCGACAAGGAAAACUCCACUCUACCACCACCACCACUUCCUCCUUCUCCCGUCAAACGUGAACGCGUCUGUUUCGCCAAACUCGACUCCUUUCCAAACUAUGUCGUCGAUGGGAUGCGUCUCCCACACGUUUGCCCUCCCAAGCUCAGAAUCAAGUUGAAACCAAGGGGUGACACUGCUCUCACCAAGUGGACUUUGACUCCCAUCGCGCCACUCAAGGUCUCCACCGAUAACGAUGCUACAACCCCGCUGCCCCAAGAAACAAAGGCGACAGACACGGUCGCGUCGCAACUAAAACUGCAAACUGCCAAGGAUAAGACGCCCACGCGAAGUAGUACCACUAACAAAUCUUCAGCUUCACGAAAACGCAAAAAGUUCUGUGAUGAGACGCUCUCACCGAAAAUCAUCACGUUCUUUUCACCCAUCGCAAAAUCACAGGAAGCCUCGUCGACAACCUCACCAACAACUUCCACGUUGGAGAGAGUACAAAAUGACACGCUGACCUCACCGGUCACCUCGCGUAAAAUUCAAAAGACUGACGACGACAAUAAUGAUGUCGGAAAAUCAUCGUCAUCAGAAUAAUAAUUUCCGAGCUUAGUUAAUUCAGCUUUACUUAAAUACUCGUCAUAGAAUGGCAUCCUUGUUUUUUCGUCGCUUAAAAAAAUCUCACAUUUUCAUGUUUCCUUUCUCUUUAAUUGCUUGAUUUUUGAACUGCUCUUAAUUGUGAACAGUUAUUUAUUACUAAUUUAAUACCUUUUGAAUGCGACAAGCCUGUAAUUUGUAUAGUUUGUUUUGAGUUGUGACGUCGUAACCUGAAUGAUAACUAAGAUGCUUAUUAUCUAAACAAAUACCUGUUAUUUAUGUACAAUUUCAUUUAAUUUCAGAUUAAAUACAAAUCUAUGGUUGAAAAUU